UUUGCAAGAUACGCAUGCGCAUAAAAAGAAGCGCGGAAGUAAAUGAUUGCUAGCUGCUCUGUUGCUUGGUUGUUUAUUGACAGAACGGUAGCUAGCAUACCGUACAAAAGGAAAAAUACCGUUCUCAAAUAGAAAGCCACGCUAAAGUAUCGUGUAGGUAACGUUGAGCAGCUCUACAAAUGUCUUGAACAUGGCAAGGGUUGUCCGGACGACAGCUUUAUUAUUAUACCUCUGGAGUGUUUUAAUGCAGUUUAAUCGCACAUCAGGUCUUGGGAUCAAUGAACUGCUUUAUUUCCGGGUCAUCAGCCCAGAAGACAUAGGGUACAUCUUCAGUGCAGCGCCUGCUAAAGACUUUGGAGGAGAUUUUACUUCGUCCUAUGAUGAGAUUUUCCUUGUGCCAGCAAACCCAGCAGAUGGCUGCUCAGACCUGGAGGACAGAGCAAUCAUCCAGGGACAAAUAGUCCUGAUGGAAAGAGGAGGUUGCUCCUUUGUACAAAAAGCCCGACACGUGGAGGAAGCGGGAGGAAAAGCUGUUCUGAUUGCUGAUAAUGUCGUGGACAAUGACAGUCAGUACCUGGAUAUGAUCACUGAUGGAAGCACUGCCAAACCAAGCAUUCCUGCUCUAUUCUUGCUGGGACGUGAUGGGAUGAUGAUCAGACGAUCGCUUCAGAGACAGGCCCUGCCGUGGGCUGUUAUUUCCAUUCCUGUCAAUGUUUCCUCUUUGGCCUCGUUCCCACUAAAGCAACCCCCAUGGACACUGUGGUAGAAAUAAUGCACAUCCACAACUUAAUGCACUUCCCCACUCAAUAAACAUAAAUUUUUAUCAGUGCUCAUGCUGUCAGCCGUGAAUAAACUCACAGCCACACAGGAAAAUUCUUUAUUGGUGGUUAAACAAAUUUACACAUGCUAGUGGUGAAUCAGUAAAAUAUACAUGUGUAUGCAUUGUUGUAUCACACUUGAACACACAGCCAGUUAUUAAAUGGACUCGCCUGAGCUGUUUAACCAGGUGAGGACAGACAAACCCAGC